AUGUACCAGCCUACCCCAACCCACACCACUCUGGACCUUCCCUGGCUCCAUGUACCAAACUACCCCAACCCACACCACUCUGGACCUUCCCUGGCUCCAUGUACCAGCCUACCCCAACCCACACCACUCUGGAUCUUCCCUGGCUCCAUGUACCAGCCUACCCCAACCCACACCACUCUGGAUCUUCCCUGGCUCCAUGUACCAGCCUACCCCAACCCACACCACUCUGGACCUUCCCUGGCUCCAUGUACCAGCCUACCCCAACCCACACCACUCUGGACCUUCCCUGGCUCCAUGUACCAGGCUACCCCAACCCACACCACUCUGGACCUUCCCUGGCUCCAUGUACCAGCCUACCCCAACCCACACCACUCUGGACCUUCCCUGGCUCCAUGUACCAGCCUACCCCAACCCACACCACUCUGGACCUUCCCUGGCUCCAUGUACCAGCCUACCCCAACCCACACCACUCUGGACCUUCCCUGGCUCCAUGUACCAGGCUACCCCAACCCACACCACUCUGGACCUUCCCUGGCUCCAUGUACCAGCCUACCCCAACCCACACCACUCUGGACCUUCCCUGGCUCCAUGUACCAGCCUACCCCAACCCACACCACUCUGGACCUUCCCUGGCUCCAUGUACCAGCCUACCCCAACCCACACCACUCUGGACCUUCCCUGGCUCCAUGUACCAGCCUACCCCAACCCACACCACUCUGGACCUUCCCUGGCUCCAUGUACCAGCCUACCCCAACCCACACCACUCUGGACCUUCCCUGGCUCCAUGUACCAGCCUACCCCAACCCACACCACUCUGGACCUUCCCUGGCUCCAUGUACCAGCCUACCCCAACCCACACCACUCUGGAUCUUCCCUGGCUCCAUGUACCAAACCUACCCCAACCCACACCACUCUGGACCUUCCCUGGCUCCAUGUACCAGCCUACCCCAACCCACACCACUCUGGACCUUCCCUGGCUCCAUGUACCAGCCUACCCCAACCCACACCACUCUGGAUCUUCCCUGGCUCCAUGUACCAGCCUACCCCAACCCACACCACUCUGGACCUUCCCUGGCUCCAUGUACCAGCCUACCCCAACCCACACCACUCUGGACCUUCCCUGGCUCCAUGUACCAGCCUACCCCAACCCACACCACUCUGGACCUUCCCUGGCUCCAUGUACCAGCCUACCCCAACCCACACCACUCUGGACCUUCCCUGGCUCCAUGUACCAGCCUACCCCAACCCACACCACUCUGGACCUUCCCUGGCUCCAUGUACCAGCCUACCCCAACCCACACCACUCUGGAUCUUCCCUGGCUCCAUGUACCAGCCUACCCCAACCCACACCACUCUGGACCUUCCCUGGCUCCAUGUACCAGCCUACCCCAACCCACACCACUCUGGACCUUCCCUGGCUCCAUGUACCAGCCUACCCCAACCCACACCACUCUGGACCUUCCCUGGCUCCAUGUACCAGCCUACCCCAACCCACACCACUCUGGACCUUCCCUGGCUCCAUGUAACCAGCCUACCCCAACCCACACCACUCUGGACCUUCCCUGGCUCCAUGUACCAGCCUACCCCAACCCACACCACUCUGGACCUUCCCUGGCUCCAUGUACCAGCCUACCCCAACCCACACCACCCACUCUGGACCUUCCCUGGCUCCAUGUACCAGGCCUACCCCAACCCACACCACUCUGGACCUUCCCUGGCUCCAUGUAUCAGCCUACCCCAACCCACACCACUCUGGAUCUUCCCUGGCUCCAUGUACCAGCCUACCCCAACCCACACCACUCUGGACCUUCCCUGGCUCCAUGUACCAGCCUACCCCAACCCACACCAACUCUGGACCUUCCCUGGCUCCAUGUACCAGCCUACCCCAACCCACACCACUCUGGAUCUUCCCUGGCUCCAUGUACCAGCCUACCCCAACCCACACCACUCUGGAUCUUCCCUGGCUCCAUGUACCAGCCUACCCCAACCCACACCACUCUGGACCUUCCCUGGCUCCAUGUACCAGCCUACCCCAACCCACACCACUCUGGAUCUUCCCUGGCUCCAUGUACCAGCCUACCCCAACCCACACCACUCUGGAUCUUCCCUGGCUCCAUGUACCAGCCUACCCCAACCCACACCACUCUGGAUCUUCCCUGGCUCCAUGUACCAGCCUACCCCAACCCACACCACUCUGGACCUUCCCUGGCUCCAUGUACCAGCUACCCCAACCCACACCACUCUGGACCUUCCCUGCUCCAUGUACCAGCCUACCCCAACCCACACCACUCUGGACCUUCCCUGGCUCCAUGUACCAGCCUACCCCAACCCACACCACUCUGGAUCUUCCCUGGCUCCAUGUACCAGCCUACCCCAACCCACACCACUCUGGACCUUCCCUGGCUCCAUGUACCAGCCUACCCCAACCCACAACCACUCUGGACCUUCCCUGGCUCCAUGUUACCAGCCUACCCCAACCCCACACCACUCUGGAUCUUCCCUGGCUCCAUGUACCAGCCCUACCCCAACCCACACCACUCUGGACCUUCCCUGGCUCCCAUGGAAGCAGCCUACCCCAACCCACACCACUCUGGAUCUUCCCUGGCUCCCAUGUACCAAGCCUACCCCAACCCACACCACUCUGGACCUUCCCUGGCGGCCAUGUACCAGACCUACCGCCAACCCACACCACUCUGGACCUUCCCUAGGCUCCAUGUACCAGCCUACCCCAACCCCACACACUCUGGGACCUUCCCUGGCCCAUGUACCAGCCUACCCCCAACCCACACCACUCUGGAUGCUUCCAUGGCUCCAUUACGGAGCCUAUACCCAACCACACCCAACUCUGGACCUUCCCUGGCUCCAUGUACCAGCCUAUCCCAACCCACAACCACUCUGGAUCUUCCAUGCUCAAUGUACCAGCCUACCCCAACCCAUACCACUCUGGAUCUUCCCUGGCUCCAUGUACAGCCUACCCCAACCACACCACUCUGGAUCUUCCCUGCUCCUGUACCAGCCUACCCCAAACCACACACUCUGGACUUCCCUGGCUCCAUGUACCAGCCUACCCAACCCACACCACUCUGGAAUCUUCCCUGGCUCCAUGUUGCAGCCUACCCCAACCCACCCACCUGGACCUUCCUGGCUCCAUGUAUCCAGCCUACCCCAACCCACAUCUGGACCUUCCCUGGCUCCAUGAGAGCCUACCCCAACCCACACACUCUGGAUCUUCCCUGGCUCCAUGUGACCAGCCUACCCCAACCCAAACUCUGGACUUCCCUGGCGCCAUGUCCAGCCUACCCCAACACCACACCACUGCUGGACCUUCCCUGGCUCCAUUACCAGCCUACCCCAACCCACCCACUCUGGAUCUUCCCUGGCUCCAUGUCCAGCCUACCCCAACCCACACCACUCUGGACCUCCCUGCUCCAUGUCCAGUCUACCCCAACCCACACCACUCUGGAUCUUCCUGGCUCCAUGUACCACCUACCCCACCCACACCACUCUGGAUCUCCCUGGCUCCAUGUACCAGGCUACCCAACCCACACCACUCUGGACCUUCCUGGCUCCAUGUCCAGCCUACCACCAACCCAACCCACUUGGAUCUUCCCUGGCUCCAUGUACAGCCUACCCCACCCACACCACUCGGAUCUUCCCUGGCUCCAGACCAGGCUACCCAACCCACACCACUCUGAUCUUCCCUGGCUCCAUGUACCAGGCUACCCCAACCCACACCACUCUGGACCUUCCCUGGCUCCAUGUACCAGCCUACCCCAACCCACACCACUCUGGACCUUCCCUGGCUCCAUGUAGCAGCCUACCCCGUGUGUAUAUAGCUGGUACUGGGGCUGUUACGGUGACCGUAUUACCGCCCCACCGGCGGUCACGGGUCAUGAAGCCAGUCAAAUUCCACGUGACCGUAGAGUCACAGUAAUCUCCCCUCUUAUGCACUCUGGACUAACGACCGCCGGGCCGCUAAUGGCUUGGUACUAAGCUCUAUUGUCCCCCUCACCUCUCUGACAUCAGUGCAAUUGAAAAUUACAUCAUAAUUAUCAUAACAGUAUCAUGCUUUUUAAAACUCACUUCACUGUGAUUGAUCAAUUUGAAGAAAGAAGUUCAACAACAGAUUGAAACUGAGUGAAAAACAUGGUCGUUGUUUCAAAGCUAAACACAAAGAAAUUGAGAGGUUUCUAAGGCGAUGAUUAAUUCAAAACACGCAUGUUAGAGCCAUUGCAUAGGCAUAUAUAUAUAUAUAUAUGAGCCCAAGCCUUUAUUUAUUUAUUUAUUUAUUUAUUUAUUUAUUUAUAUACAAUGCUCAAAAAAAAUAAAGGGAACACUUAAACAACACAAUGUAACUCCAAGUCAAUCACACAUCUGUGAAAUCAAACUGUCCACUUAGGAAGCAACACUGAUUGACAAUACAUUUCACAUGCUGUUGUGCAAAUGGAAUAGACAACAGGUGGAAAUUAUAGGCAAUUAGCCAGACACCCCCAAUAACGGAAUGGUUCUGCAGGUGGUGACCACAGACCACUUCUCAGUUCCUAUGCUUCCUGGCUGAUGUUUUGGUCACUUUUGAAUGCUGGCGGUGCUUUCACUCUAGUGGUAGCAUGAGACGGAGUCUACAACCCACACAAGUGGCUCAGGUAGUACAGCUCAUCCAGGAUGGCACAUCAAUGCGAGCUGUGGCAAGAAGGUUUGCUGUGUCUGUCAGCGUAGUGUCCAGAGCAUGGAGGCGCUACCAGGAGACAGGCCAGUACAUCAGGAGACGUGGAGGAGGCCGUAGGAGGGCAACAACCCAGCAGCAGGACCGCUACCUCCGCCUUUGUGCAAGGAGGAGCAGGGGGAGCACUGCCAGAGCCCUGCAAAAUGACCUCCAGCAGGCCACAAAUGUGCAUGUCUGCUCAAACGGUCAGAAACAGACUCCAUGAGGGUGGUAUGAGGGCCCGACGUCCACAGGUGGGGGUUGUGCUUACAGCCCAACACCGUGCAGGACGUUUGGCAUUUGCCAGAGAACACCAAGAUUGGCAAAUUCGCCACUGGCGCCCAGUGCUCUUCACAGAUGAAAGCAGGUUCACACUGAGCACAUGUGACAGACGUGACAGAGUCUGGAGCCGCCAUGGAGAACCUUCUGCUGCCUGCAACAUCCUCCAGCAUGACCGGUUUAGCGGUGGGUCAGGUGUGGGGUGGCAUUUCUUUGGGGGGCCGCACAGCCCUCCAUGUGCUCACCAGAGGUAGCCUGACUGCCAUUAGGUACCGAGAUGAGAUCCUCAGACCCCUUGUGAGACCAUAUGCUGGUGCGGUUGGCCCUUGGUUCCUCCUAAAGCAAGACAAUGCUAGACCUCAUGUGGCUGGAGUGUGUCAGCAGUUCCUGCAAGAGGAAGGCAUUGAUGCUAUGGACUGGCCCGCCCGUUCCCCAGACCUGAAUCCAAUUGAGCACAUCUGGGACAUCAUGUCUCGCUCCAUCCACCAACGCCACGUUGCACCACAGACUGUCCAGUGAGUUGGGCGGAUGCUUUAAUCCAGGUCUGGGAGGAGAUCCCUCAGGAGACCAUCCGCCACCUCAUCAGGAGCAUGCCCAGGCGUUUGUAGGGAGGUCAUACAGGCACGUUGAGGCCACACACACUACUGAGCCUCAUUUUGACUUGUUUUUAAGGACAUUACAUCAUAGUUUGGAUCAGCCUGUAGUGUGGUUUUUCCACUUUUAAUUUUGAGGUUGACUCCAAUCCAGACCUCCAUGGGUUGAUAAAUUUGAAUUUCCAUUGAUAAUUUUUGUGAUUUUGUUGUCAGCCACAUUCACUAUGUAAAGAAAAAAGUAUUUAAUAAGAUUAUUUCAUUCAUUCAAUUCUAGGAUAUGUUGUUUAAGGGUUCCCAUGUUAUGUAUAAUAUAUAUGUUGUACUAUAUAUGUGUAUGUGUGUGUGUGUGUGUGUGUGUGUGUGUGUGUGUGUGUGUGUGUGAUGUGUGGUUGUGUGUGUCGUGUUGUGAUGGUGUGGUGUGUGUGUGUGUGUGUGUGUUGUGUGUGUGUGUGUUGUGUGGUGUUGUGUGUGCUGUGUGGUGUGUGUUGUGUGUGUGUGGUGUGUGUGUGUGUGUGUGGUGUGUGUGUGGGGUGUGUGUGUGUGGUGGUGUGUGUGUGUGUGGUUGUGUGGUGUGUGUGGUGUGUGUGUGUGUGUGGUGUUGUAGUGUGUGUGUGUGUGUGUGUGUGUGUGUGUGUGUGUGUGGCCGGAUCCUGGUCUGUCUGUCUGUAUGUCUGUCUGUCUGUGUCUGUCUGUCUCCCUCUCUCUCUCUCUCUCUCUCUCCCUCUCUCUCUCUCUCUCUCUCCCUCCUCUUCUUUCUUCCUUUUUCCCUCGCCUUGCCCCUCUGCCAUUGUGCCCUACCCCCUACCAUAGUCUACUGCAUAUUACUCGUGGCAGAAAAACAUAAAACCCAACUGAUUUUAAGAUGUCUUUGGUCCAUAAUUGGUUUAGCAGAUUUUUGAUGGUUGCUAUAAAACCGGAGUAGUCUACCCGGCAUGAUUUGAUAUGAUCGCUUGAUGAGAGAACAAGUUUUUUAUUAUUUUAUUUUUUUGCGGCUUUCUCAAAUCAUCAAUAACCUGUCGUCGCAUCAUGCAGCCCGUAUAUGUUUUGAUUUCUAAGAAAUUCUAAGGUUUGUAUCAUUCACAACUAAACUAAAAGUAACUAAGUCUAGCAUAUAGGACCUGUUUCUAAUGAUCACUUUUAUGCUCAACAUAGCCACUUCAUACGCACACUCGCUCCAGAAUGGGAAAAAUAUUCAUUUCUAUUUUAAAUUAUUAUUAUAAUAAAAUCAUAUCAAAUAAUGGCUUGGGACGUAUAAGCGUAUAUUGUCAGCUAAAUGAACAAGCCUCCAGCCUAUGGCACGGAGCACAGCCAGAUAACAUACAGUAGGCCAACUCAUAUUCUGUUCUUCUGAAAAAACAUUUUCUUCAUAUCAUAAUAUUUCUUUAGGCCUGCCUAAAAUAAUGGAUUUAUUGUGAUGGUGUAUAUUAAAUGGAUUUACUAGACUUUUAAAAAUGUGAUGUUCCAAAGGCGUACAUCAGCGUGUGGACAAUAACUGGCUGACAAUGUUUCAUGACCGCCACAGCCCUGAUGACUCAUGGCUGAUAAUCUGUGUGCGUAACUUGUGUGUGUGUGUGUGUGAAAGCUCUCCGUGCCUUAAUGCUGUGCUUCCCUCCUCCUCCUCCUCCUCCUGUCCCUCCUCCUCCUCCUCCUCCUCCUCCUCCUCCUCCUGUCCCCCCCCCUCCUCCUCCUCCUCCUCCUGUCCCUCCUCCUGUCCCCCUCUCCCCUCUUCUCUCACCUCCCCUCUCACCUCUCCUCUCCCCUCCCCCUCACCUCUUCUCUCCCCUCCCCCUCUCACCUCUUCUCUCCCCUCCCCCUCUCACCUCUUCUCUCCCCUCCCUCUCACCUCUCCUAAUCUCCCCUCCCUCCCCGUGUCUCUGCUUUGCCCAUUAGAUGAGUCAGACCCAGAGCAGUCCACUGAGUCCUGGGGAGAGUGUGAGGGGAGGUUAGUGACUCCCUGCAGGAUGUUCUCAGCAGGUAACUGUACUGCAGCCCGGGUCCUCUAGACGCGCGUCGGAGUGUAUGUGGGUGCAGCCUGGGUCCUCUAGACGCGCGUUGGAGUGUAUGUGGGUGUCUUGUCUCCACGUAGUGACUUCAGCACGUCAUGUAGCCCCCCCCCAGUGUCUGCUAUGCUGUAAACACACACGCUGUGUGCACAUGUGGUGUGUGUGUGUGUGUGUGUGUGUGUGUGUGUGUCUUGUCCGGGAUCAGCCCUGUCCUGCUACUCAGUCACAUCACGUCAGGUCUACCCCCACGCUGCUAUGCUACACUGUAAACACACACACCUGUCUCAUGCUGCAUCUCCUCCCUGCCUGCUCUCUAUGGCUUGCUAGCUAUCUCACCUCACGCAUGUCUUUAUGUUGUUGGCUUGAUCGUGUUAUUAGUGAUGAAGAGGGGAUUCCAAGGAGCUAAACACUUUGCUGGCUACAGAGAGUGAUUGUCUUUACCCCCCCCCCCUGCUAACAGUUUUUUUGCGCGUGAUGGAGAUAUAUGGUGCAAAAGAUGGGGAGGGGGAGGGGGAGGGGAGGGACCCCUGCAUCACUUUAUUGCAUCACAUUUGUUGUUGAUGAUGAUGAUGAUGAUGAUGAUGAUGAUGAUGAUGAUCUUGACUGCAUCCCAAAUGGCACUGUCCCUGUAUAUAGUGCACUACUUUUGACCAGGCUCCAUAGGGCUCAGGUGCAGUAUAUAGGCUGGGAAUAGGGUGCAAUUUGGGAUGAACACCUUGCUGGUUUAGAGAUGUGUGUAUUUGUCUGGUUUCUAAGUCUAACCCUGUUGUCUGUCCUAACUCUGUCUGUAGAUAAAGACGGCCCGGAUAAGAAGAAAAACAAGAAGGAGUCUGGGGGAAGUAAGAAGGUCCCGGUCAAUCUUCUGUUUGGCUACCCGCUGUCUGAACGCAAGCAGAUGGCCCUACUGAUGCAGAUGACCGCCAGGGACAACAGCCCAGGUUAGUCAAACACUUUCAUGCCCCGUCUCCUCUCCCUCUCUCUUACCGUCUCCUCUCCCUCUCUCCCUCUCUCUUACCGUCUCCUCUCCCCUCUCUCCUUACACGUCUCCUCUCCCUCUCUCUUACCGUCUCCUCUCCCUCUCUCUUACCGUCUCCUCUCCCUCUCUCUUACCUUCUCCUCUCCCUCUCUCUUACCGUCUCCUCUCCCCUCUCUCUUACCGUCUCCUCUCCCCUCUCUCUUACCGUCUCCUCUCCCUCUCUCUUACCGUCUCCUCUCCCUCUCUCUCUUACCGUCCCUCUCCUCUCUACCGUCUCCUCUCCCUCUCCUUACCGUCCCUCUCUCUCUACCGUCUCCUUCGUCCUCUCCUCUUUACCGUCUCCUCUCCUCUCUCUCUUACCGUUCCUCUCCCUCUUACCGCUCCUCUCUCUCCUCUCUCCCUCUCUCUACCGUCUCCUCUCCCUCCUCCUCUCUCUUACCGUCUCCUCUCUCCCUCCUCUCUUACGUUCCUCUCCCCUCUCUCUUUACUUACCGUCUCCUCUCCCUCUAUCCUUUAUAACCGUCUCCUCUCCCUCUCUCUUAACCGUCCCUCUCCCUCAUCCCCUCUCUCUUAACCGUCUCCUCGCCCUCUCUCUUAACCGUCUCCUCUCCCCCUCUCUUACUUACCGUCUCCUCUCCCUCUCCUCCGUUACCGUCCCUCUUCCCUCUCCUCUUACCUCUCUUACCGUCUCCUCCUCCCGCCCUCUCCUACCGUCUCCUCUCCCUCCUCUUAACCGUCUUCCCCCUCCUCCCUCCGCUUACCCCCCUUACCGUCGCCUCUCCCGCUCCUCUCUUAAACCGUCUCCUCUCCCUCUCUUCUUACCGUCUCCUCCUCCCUCUCUCUUACAGUCUCCUCCUCCCUCUCCCUCUUACCUAACCGUCCCCUCUCCCUCUCUCUUACAACCGUCCUCCCUCCCCUCUCUCUUAUUACCGUCUCCUCUCCCUCUCUCUUACCGUCUCCUCUCCUCUCUCCCUCUCUCUUACCGUCUCCUGUCCUCUUAUCAGCCUUUAGGGAUGUGGAUUAUUACUAUAGUUAUCAUAAGGAUGAGUCAUAAUGCCAAACAACAGCUUUAAAGAUAAUGGACCUCCCAGUUACCAGAAACAUCAACAGAUUUAUUUUUCUCUGUUGAGUCAUUUCGUUUGGUUGAGUGUUACUUAAUCUCUCGUCCAACUCUUUCUCUCUCCCUCUCCUCCUCAGACUCGACCCCCAGCCACCCGUCCCAGGCCCCCCCGGUGCAGAAGAAGCCCCCCAGCAGCUCGGCCUCCAGAGCGAGGGACAAGGUGAACAAGAGGAACGAGCGUGGCGAGACGCCGCUACACAUGGCGGCCAUACGAGGGGACGCCGAGCAUGUCAAGGAGCUCAUCAGCCUCGGGGCUGACGUCAACAUUAAAGACUUUGCAGGUAAAAGAACACCUGACCACCCUUGAUACAACUAUAAGGGUCUAUAGUGCAGAGAUUUGCAGAAGUGUUGAGGAUUCAACACAGUUUAUACUAAAUGUUAUGUUGCCCAGUGGUACUUGUUUAAAUGUAUCCCAUAGAAACAAUGAAUCAAAGUAGGUUAGGUUUAUCAAGUAGGUUAGGUUAGUACUGUGUAGUUUGGAAAACUAUUUGUCAUUACCGUAAAAUAAAAUACAACCUCCUGUUUCUUUGUCAGGCUGGACGCCCCUUCACGAGGCGUGUAACCUUGGUUUCUACGACGUGGCGAAGGUUCUGAUCGCGGCCGGCGCAGAAGUCAACACCCAGGGUCUGGAUGACGACACGCCGCUCCACGAUGCCUCCAGUAGUGGACAUACAGACGUACGUUUGCUACUGCUACUCAUCCCUCCCUCCCUCCCGCUCGCUCUAUAUACCGGGGGACCUUGGAUUUUUAAGAUUCAAGUUGAGAACUGACUAAUUCUGUCAACUAACCAUCGACCCAGUAGUAAUGAUAAUACAACACGUUAUUUUCUGCGUUUUCUUAUUUUGUAAUUCUGUUAAAGUCAGGCGUUUCCACCCUUUAGGUGUUUGUUCAGGACCUUAACGGGUUCGCUGACCACUUGUCCUGUUCUCUUCCAUCUAGAUUGUGAAGCUGCUGCUGAGACAUGGAGGGAAUGCGUUCCAGGCCAACAGGCGAGGGGAGCGACCCGUAGACGUAGCUGAUUCCCAGGAGCUGAAGCUUCUCCUAAAGGGAGAGGUGCCCCUCUCAGACGCAGAGGAUAGCUCCUCAGGUAUGGUGUCCUGUAGAGGAUAGCUCCUCGGGGAUGGUGUCCUGUAGAGGAUAGCUCCUCGGGGAUGGUGUCCUGUAGAGGAUAGCUCCUCAGGUAUGGUGUCCUGUAGAGGAUAGCUCCUCGGGGAUGGUGUCCUGUAGAGGAUAGCUCCUCAGGUAUGGUGUCCUGUAGAGGAUAGCUCCUCGGGUAUGGUGUCCUGUAGAGGAUAGCUCCUCGGGGAUGGUGUCCUGUAGAGGAUAGCUCCCCAGGUAUGGUGUCCUGUAGAGGAUAGCUCCUCGGGGAUGGUGUCCUGUAGAGGAUAGCUCCUCUGGGAUGGUGUCCUGUAGAGGAUAGCUCCUCGGGGAUGGUGUCCUGUAGAGGAUAGCUCCUCGGGGAUGAUGUCCUGUAGAGGAUAGCUCCUCGGGGAUGGUGUCCUGUAGAGGAUAGCUCCAAGGGGGAUGGUGUCCUGUAGAGGAUAGCUCCUCGGGGAUGGUGUCCUGUAGAGGAUAGCUCCUCGGGGAUGGUGUCCUGUAGAGGAUAGCUCCAAAGGGGGAUGGUGUCCUGUAGAGGAUAGCUCCAAAGGGGGAUGGUGUCCUGUAGAGGAUAGCUCCAAAGGGGGAUGGUGUCCUGUAGAGGAUAGCUCCAAAGGGGGAUGGUGUCCUGUAGAGGAUAGCUCCAAGGGGGAUGGUGUCCUGUAGAGGAUAGCUCCAAGGGGGGAUGGUGUCCUGUAGAGGAUAGCUCCAAGGGGGGAUGGUGUCCUGUAGAGGUGUGUUUUUAUCAUAUAUUUUCAAAAGUAAAGGUGUGUGUUAUAGAUCUCCCCAUAUGGCCAUUUACCUUUUUAAUCAAACUUGAUUAGAAACAAGGUUGUAAUCGUUCUGUGUUCCUCAACCGAGUAGCUGUGCCACUAGAGAUCCUGGUUAGAAUCCAGGCUCUGUCGUAGCCGGCCACGACCGGGAGACCCAUUGGGCGGCACACAAUUGGCCCAGCGGGGCAAUUGGCCCGGUAGGGGAGGGAAUGGCCGGCAGGGAAUGUAGCUCAGUUGGUAGAGCAUGGCGUUUGCAACGCCAGGGUUGUGGGUUCGAUUCCCACGGGGGGCCAGUAUGAUAUAAAAAAAUAACACUGGCGAUCAAACAAGAUUUUAAUUCCUCUAUUUUCCUCUGUUCUCUCUACAGAGUCAGAAGGCCCUCUGUCGGUGAACCCCUCCAGUGUGGACGUUGAUGACGACAACCUGGAUGACUCUGACGUGGAAAAGGACUCUGACGGAAAGCAGAGCACCGUGAAGGCCUCAUCCUCCAUGUCUGGCCUGGACGAGUAUGAGUUCAAAGACGAGGAGGAAGAGGAGGACCUGAGUAAAGCCCUGAACGACCGACACAUCCUCCGGAGAGAGCUGAGGCAGAGGGAGAAAGAGGAGAAGGAGAGGAAUCAUUUGGCGAAGCAGAGCGGUAAAGGGAACGGGAGCGGCUCGGUCCAGUCCUCUAAGUCUAAGAAGACAAAGACGUCGUCCCGCGUCCUGUAUUGCAGCUCGGAUAGUUCCAGUGAUGAGAUGGAGAUGCCAACAGAGAGAAGGAGCUCUCCGACCUGCUCUCAACGGCUCGGAGGGACACAAGGCGUCAGACGCCAGCAGGACUAAGAAGGAGAACGUCGGCAGCCUCACGUUUUCCGAACAGAAAGACAAAAGCAGCAAAGUCAAGAAGAAGAACAAGAGCAAGAACAAGGAGAACCAGGAGGACGGGAAGGAGAACAGCAAAGCUCUGGUGUCGGAGACACACACGGACAAGAACAGCCGAGGACUCUGUGGGGACGAGGACUCGUUCAAGAUCUCCUUCAGUCCCAAGGACGACUCGUCCGUCCACCUCUUCCACCUGUCCGCCACCGUCAACUCCCCCAAGCUCAACUACGGCCUGGCCGACAAGCAGCCGUCUUCUAACCCGCUCAAACAGGAGAACGCCAAGAUGACGUGCGUCUCGAUUGCCGAAGGCCCCUGUCCGCCGGAUGGUGUCAAGUACAACCACUACAACCCAGAGUCCGAGUUCUGCAUGGAAAGCUCCAGUAGUAAGGGCUGCAAGCACAAGGAGAAGAGCAAGCACCACCAGAAGGACGUCACCGUGGACUGUAGUGUUGGUGGUGGGGGGGUGGAUGGAGGCUCCAGUCUGAAUAAUAAAGAAGGCAGCGUUGCCAACAGUGUGGACAGCUCUGAGGGUGGUGCCUUACAGAAGACGGACAAAGAUGGCAAAGUGGUCAAAAAGCAUAAACUAAAACACAAGGAGAAGGACAACCACAUCGGGGAGUAUGAGGCGGACAGGGAGAGGAACCGCCACCGGCAGAAGGAGGGAGGCAGGAAGGACGGCCACAGGAACCUCGAGUUCGACAGGGAGUUCUGGAAAGAGAACUUCUUCAAUGAUGACGAACCUCUGCCUCCAGGGAAAAUGGAGAGCGAGACCGAGAGGGAGGACGGCAGAUCUCCUCAGAAGACCUCGACAUCGGACGGCAGAUCUCCAGAGAAGACCUCGACAUCGGACGGCAGAUCUCCAGAGAAGACCUCGACAUUGGACGGCAGAUCUCCUCAGAAGACCUCGACAUUGGACGGCAGAUCUCCUCAGAAGACCUCGACAUCGAACGGCUCUCCUGAAGAGAGAGGGACGAAAGAAAAACGCCUCUCUAGCAGCAAAGAGACGAGGAGAGAGGAGCAAGAGAAGGAUAAAGACAAGGUGGUGAUGAAAGAGAGGAAGGAAACCUCUGCUGUCUGUAAAGAGGAGAAGGGAGGAAAGGAUGGGAAGCCCAGUGAGCUUGAGGAGAGGACAGAGUGCCUCAGCUCCAGCUCUGGACGGACUACCUCUGUUCCUGACGAGACACAGCAUAACGCUGCAAGCGUGAAAGAUGAACUGGAGGAUAAACCAGUAACGGGGACCAUGUCUGCGGCUGAUCUAGACCAACUGGAUGCCUCUGAGAAAGACCAGCGGGACAAAUCCGACAGGAGGCCUUCUGUAAAGGAACGGGAGACUGAAAAGACUGAUAAAAAGCAUCCCGAUAAGGAGAAGAAGGUCAAGAUGGAGCACCUGGAGAAAUCAGAGAAUUCACAGAAUUCCAUGGAUCGCUGGAGGGAGAAGGAGAGGGUGGCGUCUGGCUCGUCUCAUUCGUCCCCUGGUGACAAGAACCACAGAGAGAGCGAAAAGCUCAGAGCCUCGUCCACAAAAAAACACGAGGAGAGCAAGGACAAGAAGAGCAAAGAGAAGCCAGAUAAAAGGAUCUGCAGGGAGAGGGAGUACAGCGGAGGAGAGAACAGAGACAGGAUAGGCUGUGACAACAAAGGAAAACCACCUUCAGAGAAAUUCACUGAUCACAGUAAAUCGGAAAAGGACAAAGACAAAGACUGCGAUAAGAAGAAAAGAGAAAAAUCUAAAGACGGCUCAUUUUCCUCCAGCUCUAACCUGAAGCUCCCAUUGGAAGAGAAGAAAGGCUACGUGACUGAAAGUGGCAAGACCACACAAGCAAAACUACUAAAGGAGGAAGUCCCAGAGAAAGACGGAGACCGACGAGACAGAGAAUCCAGAGACUCUGACCGGCACAGAGAUCGGGACAAGGACAAAGAGCGUCUCAAGGGCGACAAGGACCGUUCCAAGGAGGUUAGCAAGGCCUCUAAGACCAAACCCAACGAGACCGAGACUGACCGAGACAACAGGUCCAAAGCUAAAGCCUCGCCUGCCACCCGGGAAGAGAAGCGGCCCAAAGAGAAACGUCUGGUCAAUGAGGACCUGAGGCAGACCAGCUUCGAACGCAUGCUGAGUCUGAAGGACCAGGAGAUUGAACAGUGGCACCGGAAGCAUCUAGAAAAGAUCAAACAGAAGGAGAGGGAGAGGAUGAAACAACGACCCUCCUCUACGACGACAGACCCAGGGAAGCUCAAAAGCAAAGCCAAGACGAUGUCCUUGUCUUCUGGAGAACAGUGUUCGAGCAAAGAGCUGCUUCGCUCCGAAAGCUCUGGCGACGCUCACGGCCGGGACCUUGACAAACCCAUGAAGGAGAGCACCAGCUCCAGGACCAUGUCCCUGGACGGGAAGAUACUCUCAUCCCUCAGUGGGAAGUUGAUGCCUGGUAUGGAGAACAGCUUGAGCAGGUCCCCCAGGCCGGAGAGCGAGCGGUCGGGUCUCAUGUCCAGGUCCGUGUCCAUGUUCUCUGUGGCCAGUUCUGAGGAUUCCUGUCAGGCAACCAUGCUGACGCCGAGACCCGUAGAGUACGACUCGGAUAUGACCCUGGAAGCCUCCCAGGACUCUCAGCCGCCUUUCCUCCAGUGUUCCCUCCUCUCACGGUCUAGAUCGCCUUCCGUUCACGACAAAGACUACAACGGUCUUCCAGACUCGGUGCAAGGUAACAGAACUCCGCUGCAGAGCCGACACACUUCCCCCUACCUUAUGGCUAUUCUGGAUGAGGACGCAAACUCUGCGACGGCAGGUAAACCUUUUGAAACUCUGUCAAAGGCCAGUGUGGUGCCAGCUGCUCAACCCAGUGAAGAGCCUUCAAGUGUUCAGCUUCUUUCAGAAACCUGUGCAGAUCCAGAGGAGAGCCAGAGUCAAAGGGGUCCUACUCAGAUGCUUCCAAAUUUCCCUAAUGCAAGAGCCGAUGCAGAUCUCAACACUGAGAGUGAAGGGAACACCACUCCAAGAACAGAUGCAGAUCUCAACACUGAGAGUGAAGGGAACUCCGCUCCAAGAACAGAUUUAGAGCUCAACACUGAGAGUGAAGGGAACUCCGCUCCAAGAACAGAUGUAGAUCUCUUCACUGAGAGUGAAGGGAACUCCGCUCCAAGAACAGACGCGGAUCUCAACACUGAGAGUGAAGGGAACACCGCUCCAGGUGUCCAUCUCCCACCUCAAGUGUCCAACACCGGAGACCCUCACGUAAAGGACUCCUCAACACUUCAGCAGGCUGGUGUCCCACAGCUAGCAACACCAGCACAGAGAGGGUCUUCUUCCACCUCUGGCCCUCUCCUAAUACGGGACGUACGGUGUAUCCCUGUAGAGACCUCCAGUGCGGAGCCUGAAUGUAGUAGGAAGGAGCUGCCCUCUGAGGACACGGUGGCGUCGUCAUCUCUCUCCUCUCGACCACCGUUCUCAUCUCUCUCUGCUAGCCAGUCAUGGCAAACCCUUCCAAACGACCAGUAUGGUGACCUCCCAGCAGAUGCAGACGGAGACUGAUCCAUCUCUGGCUCUCGAUCCUAAAGAUAAAGCUCCAGUUGAGAGUGCAGCCAGCAGCGCUGAAAACAGAGCAGCUGUAGAGGGCCUUGAGAGUGCGUUAGUAGCGUCUAGACAGGUAUGGAUGGACAACCCAAGUAGCGUCCACCAGCGCACGCACACCACCCAGUGCUAGCACAGAGGAGUCUGUGCACAGUGCUGGUAGACCCAAUGAAUCUCAAGAGGACAUGGACACUAACGCAAGCAUUCAGGACUGUAAGCAAUCCAGAUUCUCCGGUGAAGACGUCGGUUCCGGUGAUCCUCGGCCGGACAAAAACGAUAAUGCUAGCCAGCAUACACCAUCCACCGUGUCGCGCUGCCCGAGCCCUGAACACAAAUCAGAAGAAACUUCUGAUGCACCCGACUGCGCAUUGGAGAAGAACAGGGAUCCUGAGGCCAUGUCAACAGGAAGGGUUAGUUGUUGGUCUUCAUCAGAGGGCAGCAAUAUGGUCACCGUCCCAGAGGUGAAAUCAGAGCCAUGCCCAGAGCCAAUGGAUGUGGCUUCUAUCUCCGAGGAGAGAUCAGAAGGACAGACUCUCUUGACUGCUGGAUCAGACCAGACCCAGAGUGCUUGUGGACAGUGUAGUAACUUCCAGCAGGGCUCUCAGACAGACCAGAGCGGUAGUGGUGGUAGUUACAGCAGCAGUGGGGUCUCUGCUAGCUCUUCGCCCCAGUCAGGGGACAGAGACUCUGACUCCUCCGGGGCUAAGGCCAAGGUCCGCUCCCUAACCAUAGAGGAGGGCCAGGACGUCCAGCAGACCCACCCCAGGAAGAGGAAAAUGCCCAGGACGUCUACCUCAAACCAGGCCAGAGGCAGCACACAACAGGUGGGUUCCUCUGGAGGAUAGGAUAAGGAGAGGUUGGAGGGAGGGAAGGAAUAGAGGGAUGGGUGUAUGGUUGAGAGGGAAUGAGGUUUAGUAGGGUAGGUUUAGUGAAGGAGGGAUACUGGAGCGGUAGGUUUAGUGAAGGAGGGAUACUGGAGCGGUAGGUUUAGUGAAGGAGGGAUGCUGGAGUGGUAGGUUCCUCUACCUUAUCGUAUGUCACCUCUACCUUAUCUUACUGUAUGUCUCCCUCUACCUUAUCUCAAGCAUCAGGGAUGGGUAUGUUCAGGAAUGAGUUUUACUGCCGUAUGUUUAUACUUAGUACUGGACGGAUGUUAUCGGCCUUAUCUGACCAGUAGUUCCUCUACCUUAUCUUACUGUAUGUUUCCUUUGCCUUAUCUUACUGUAUGUCUCCUCUACCUUAUCUCACCGUAUGUCUCCUCUACCUUAUCUCACCGUAUGUCUCCUCUACCUUAUCUUACUGUAUGUCUCCUCUACCUUAUCUCACCGUAUGUCUCCUCUACCUUAUCUCACCGUAUGUCUCCUCUACCUUAUCUUACUGUAUGUCUCCUCUACCUUAUCUCACCGUAUGUCUCCUCUACCUUAUCUUACUGUAUGUCUCCUCUACCUUAUCUCACCGUAUGUCUCCUCUACCUUAUCUUACUGUAUGUCUCCUCUGCCUUAUCUUACCAUAUGUCUCCUCUACCUUAUCUUACCAUAUGUUCCUCUACCUUAUCUACACUGUAUUCUACCUCUACCUUAUCUCACCGUAUGUCUCCUCUACCUUAUCUACUUAUGUCUCCUCUACCUUAUCUCACCGUAUGUCUCCUCUACCUUAUCUACCUAUGUCUCCUCUACCUUAUCUCACCGUAUGUCUCCUCUACCUUAUCUACCGUAUGUCUCCUCUACCUUCUCACCGUAUGUCUCCUCUACCUUCUCACCGUAUGUCUCCUCUACCUUAUCUCACCGUAUGUCUCCUCUACCUUAUCUCACGUAUGUCUCCUCUACCUUAUCUCACGUAUGUCUCCUUACCUAUCUCACGUGUUCUUACUUAUUACUGUAUGUCUCCUCUGCCUUAUCUCACCGUAUGUCUCCUCUACCUUACCUUACUGUAUGUCUCCUCUACCUUCUCACCGUAUGUCUCCUCUACCUUACCUUACCGUAUGUCUCCUCUGCCUUAUCUCACCGUAUGUCUCCUCUACCUUAUCUUACUGUAUGUCUCCUCUACCUUAUCUCACCGUAUGUCUCCUCUACCUUAUCUUAACGUAUGUCUCCUCUACCUUAUCUCACCGUAUGUCUCCUCUACCUUACCUUACUGUAUGUCUCCUCUACCUUCUCACCGUAUGUCUCCUCUACCUUACCUUACUGUAUGUCUCCUCUACCUUACCUUACCGUAUGUCUCCUCUGCCUUAUCUCACCGUAUGUCUCCUCUACCUUAUCUUACCGUAUGUCUCCUCUACCUUACCUUACUGUAUGUCUCCUCUACCUUCUCACCGUAUGUCUCCUCUACCUUACCUUACCGUAUGUCUCCUCUGCCUAAUCUCACCGUAUGUCUCCUCUGCCUUAUCUUACCAUAUGUCUCCUCUACCUUAUCUUACCAUAUGUCUCCUCUACUUUAUCUUACCAUAUGUCUCUUCUCGUCUUUGCUCAGGGGAAGGAGACGCCUCAGCAGUCUCUGGCGGCCAUCGUUGACUCUCUGAAGCUGGAGGAGAUUGAGCCGUACCAGACAGAGAGGGCCAACCCUUACUACGAGUUCCUGCACAUCCGCAAGAAGAUCGAGGAGAAGCGCAAAGUGCCUGCUGAGCGUCAUCCCCCAGCCGCCACAGUAUUACGACGAAUACGUGACGUUUACAGGAUCUUACCUGCUAGGACGGGAACCCGCUCGGCAAACUCUGUAUUCCAACAGUGAGUCUGGAGUUCUGUUCAUCAACUCUCAUCUAUUCAUCUUCACUCUGAUCUGUUCAUCUGUUCAUCUCCCCAUCUGUCUUCCCUUCCUCUGUAUUCCAACAGUGAGUCUGGAGUUUGAUCAUUAUAGGGUUCGGUGCUCCUUGACUAAAAAGCUCUAUUGACAACCUUUUAAGGAUCUGACCCCUUUUUUUCAAUUUUCGCCUUAAAUGACAUACCCAAAUCUAACUGCCUGUAGCUCAGGACCUGAAGCAAGGAUAUGCAUAUUCUUGAUAUCAUUUGAAAGGAAACACUUUGAAGUUUGUGGAAAUUUGAAAUUAAUGUAGGAGAAUAUAACAUUAGAUCUGGUAAAAGAUAAUACAAACCAAAAAACAUGUUUUUGAUUUUUUGUGAUGUAGGAAUCUAGAUGUAAUUUAGUUUGCCAGGAGUUUUCCCAAAUGUGCCGAAUUAGUUUUCAAGUACAUAACUAUAGAGAACAUACAUUUUGUAUUACCAUAGCAUUUUUGUAAGUUUGCACACACUCCCUGGAAUGUCAUAAAUGAUGGAUCAUUGGCUUUCCUAUAGAAAAUACACUAACCUUAACACAUCUAGAUGGCCGGGCGGGGUGGGUGUGGAGUCAGAGGUCAAACUGUAUACAUUUUAAUAUAAAAAUGUAUUUUUCAAACAAAACUACACUACAUUUUAUCUCUGGGACCUUCAGGAUGACAAAUCAGAGCAAGAUUACUGAAUGUAAGUACAUUAUUUACCUUCAGAGGUGAAUGUACCAAACAAUUUGCUGUGAUAAGUGUUUUGUUGUUGUGCACUCUCCUCAAACAAUAGCAUGGUAUUUUUUCACUGUAAUAGCUAAUUUAGGCUUUCUGCCCAUAUAAGACAUGUCUAUGUCCUGGACAGUUGGCUAUUGUUUACAACACCAUUCUAGUCACAUAUCUAUUGAGCAACAACCGCUCCAUAUAAGGGACACCGAUCCCACAGAGGUUAAGACUGCAUCUCCACUCCUCUGUCCUCUAUUAUAUAAUCUAUAAUAAUAAUUAUUGAUCUCCUGUGUCCUCUAUUUGAUCUCCUCUGUCCUCUAUUCGAUCUCCUCUGUCCUCUAUUCGUUCUCCUCUGUCCUCUAUUCGUUCUCCUCUGUCCUCUAUUCGUUCUCCUCUGUCCUCUAUUCGUUCUCCUCUGUCCUCUAUUCGUUCUCCUCUGUCCUCUAUUUGAUCUCCUCUGUCCUCUAUUCGAUCUCCUCUGUCCUCUAUUUGAUCUCCUCUGUCCUCUAUUUGAUCUCCUCUGUCCUCUAUUCGUUCUCCUCUGUCCUCUAUUGUUCUCCUCUGUCCUCUAUUUGAUAUCCUCUGUCCUCUAUUUGUUCUCCUCUGUCCUCUAUUUGAUCUCCUCUGUCCUCUAUUUGAUCUCCUCUGUCCUCUAUUUGAUCUCCUCUGUCCUCUAUUUGAUCUCUCUGUAUUCUUUCGAUUCCUCUGUCCUCUAUUGAUCUCCUCUGUCUCUUCGAUCUCCUCUGUCCUCUAUUUGAUCUCCUCUGUAUUCUCUUCGAUCUCCUCUGUCCUCUAUUUGAUCUCCUCUGUAUUCUCUUCGAUCUCCUCUGUCCUCUAUUUGAUCUCCUCUGUACUCUCUUCGAUCUCCUCUGUCCCCUAUUUGAUCUCCUCUGUCUCCAUUGUUUUACUAUUUAUCGCUAUGUCCGUCAUUCGACUCUGCUAUUGGGUCUUAUGUAAACAAUUCGAUGUUUCUGAUUUGAACUUGUCAACUGUUGUCGUCUUAUAUAUAUUUGUCUCUACGUAACUCCCUCCGUCUUCAGUCUCACUAAGGAUCAUGUUCAUCGAUUCUGUAUAAUCGCUCGCUUGUCAUCUAUUUCAGCAUUCUCCUUGCUCUAUUCUUGUUCUCAUCUGUCCUCUAUUCGAAUCGUCUCCUCUGUCCUCUAUUGUCUCCUCUGUCUAUUUAUCCUCCUCUAUUCGUUCUCCUCUGUCCUCUAUUGUCUCUCUGUCUUAUUCGAUCUCCUCUGUCCUAUAUCGAUCUCCUAUGUCCUCUUCUAUAUUCGUUCUCUCUGUCCUAUUGUUGAAUCUCCUGGAUUCUCGUUCUCUCCUCUGUCCUCUAAUCUCUCCUUAUGAUCUCCUCUGUAUUCUCUUCGAUCUCCUCUGUCCUCUCUUUUCCUCUCUCUGUCUCCAUUGAAUGUUUAUCUUUAUCGCUAAUGUCGUCCAUUCAAGACACUCCUGCAUUAAAGGGUCUUAUUAAACAAUCUUCAGAUGUUUCAUGAUGUUGAACUUGUCUAACUGUUUGUAACGUUUUAUAUAUAUUUGUCUCUGUAACAGAUAACUCCCCCUCCGUCUCUGCCAGACCAACUGAAGGAGAUGUUUAAGCAACAGGAGGUUGUUCGUAUGAAGCUGCGCUUGCAACACAGCAUUGAACGGGUAUGUGGAGCAAUUAAACUCAGUCCUAUUCGAUCUUCCUUUAUAGCGUGAUCAUACUUAUUUUAUAAACAUUGUUAUAUAUACUUUGAAAACUGUUUGACGUUACAAAUACAAGCUUUUAUCUUAUUAGCUGCCUUCUCUGCUUUGUUCAGUCUCAACUAUUAAACUCAACUCUGCCUUUCGUCCCUAAUGAAUUAUUACAAAAACAAAAGCAUCCUUAUGUCUUGGCUAACUCAACACCCUCUUCUCUCUUUCCAGGAAAAGUUAAUCGUCUCCAACGAGCAGGAGGUGUUACGAGUUCACUACCGGGCUGCCAGAACGCUAGCCAAUCAGACGCUCCCGUUCAGUGCGUGCACUGUGCUAUUGGACGCCGAGGUGUACAACAUGCCUCAGGAUGCCCAGGCAAGUGGCAUGAUGUCACGCACUGUAGAAUCCGUAAGUUGGUAUCGACUAAUCAAUUAAUCAAUAGAUCACAUUUAUUUAAACUAAAAUAAUGUAGGUUGGCAUCAAUCAACUAAUCAAAUGUAUUUAUAAAUCCCUUUGUAAACAGAAGUUGCAUUAAACAUUCUAGUCAUUAAGCAGACACUCAGUGAUUUACAGUUAGUUGACACAAAGUGCUUUUACAACGGAUGGUUUUUAAACCAUAAUGGUUUUAACAGAGUUGUAACUCUAACGCUGCCAGUUGUGGGUAACAUUGUAUUAUCAAUGUUGUGUUUGUUGUGUUUCCAGGGUGACCAAGAUGGCAAGACGUCGGUGAGGGAUCGUUUCAACGCCCGGCAGUUUAUGUCCUGGUUGCAAGAUGUGGACGACAAGUUUGAUAAACUCAAGGUACGCUUGGUCUCUGUUAAAUGUGGCCCUGCUUGCAGCAGUAAAACUAGUGUUGGAUCAUAUACCCAAAGUAAUCUAUGGUGUAAUGUUUUGUUCAUCCAUUCAGGAUGCUACAGUAAGUAGCUAACAUAUGGUUUUCAGGUAGCUUCAGCUGUAUUUUCCGAUAGGACUUCUCAUUUUGAAAUGUAUUCAUUUUGCAAAACAAGCAUCUCAACGGUGUCAAAAUUGUCUGAAUUGGUUUUAGGGUGUCUCAUAUCUCUGUCUUAUCUCGUUUCUCUCUCUCUCUCUCCCUAAAAAAAAAACCACUCUCAUCUUAUAUCUCUAUAUGUAUAUCUCUUCUGUUGUCUCUAUCUAUCCAAAACACUCUUCUAUCUGUGUAUCUCUGUCCUCUCUGUCUCGGUCUCUUCUGUCUCUCUCCGUCUCUUCUUCCCUCUCUCUCUGUCUCUGUCUCUCUCUAUCUCUCUCUGUUAGUCUCUUCUCUCUCUGUCUCGGUCCUAUCUCUCUGUCCUCUCUGUCCUCGCUCUCUGUCUUAUAUGUAUUCUCCUCUCUCUCUCUCUCUUCUCUCAAAAAAAAAAAGAAAAUCCCCAAAAAAAAAAAAAAAUAAAAAAAUACCCCCCCCCUGACCUUCUAGUAGAUAGUGUUCUCUUGCCCAAUCCCACUUUCUCUUCUCUAUAUCCUUCCCCUAUCUCUCUCCCUCCCCCUCUUACCCUCUCUCCCCCUCUCUCUGUCUCCUCUCUUCUCCCCUCUUCCUCUCCCGUUUCCCUCCCUCUAUCCGAUCUCGUGUUUCUGAUCUGACCAGCAUAGAAAACACCCUUCAUCUUCUCCCUCUCUCGUCUCUCUCCCCCCCCUCCGUCUCUCUUCCCCCUCUUCUCUCCCCCCCUCCCUCUCUCCAGACGUGUUUGCUGAUGCGACAGCAGCAUGAGGCAGCAGCUCUAAAUGCUGUACAGCGUCUCCACUGGCAGCUGAAACUCCAGGAGCUGGAUCCAGCCAUGUACAAGUCCACCUCCAUCUUCGACAUACCCGAGUUCUACAUCCCCCUGGUAGAGGUCAACGACGACUUUGACCUCACGCCCAUAUGA